AUGGGGAGAGAACCUGAAAGGAGUGCAGAACACCUUAAAGCUGAGAACCCUGUCAUAGACAAGGUGGACAAAUCGAGCAGAAUCUAUACGUGUAGUUUGGACAAGCUACAAGCUUAUAAUGAACGCUUUAUCCGCCAUUCUGAAUUCAGUGGUAACUUUGACAACAGCACGAAGUGACUGCGAAAGGCUUUUACGAUAAAAUGAUGUCAGUAGAUUUCAUUUUGUCGAUAAUGUUUAUGAUGAACUUCAUGUCGAAAACAAAGUAGAUGACAGAGAUAUUACAAGAGGAAGAAUUACACAUCCUUGAUGCUAUGACGAUUAUCAGGGUCCAUGAUAGUCUGAAGAGAAUCAACCACGACUCUCAUGACAUUGAUGACGAAAUUCAUGCCGGUAUUGUGUAUGCAGGCAAGUUAGGCGGUGAUCCAGAAGCAGAAUUCAAUUGUAAGCAUCGUAUGAGAAGACCACCAAGGAGGAUCGAUGAUAACCCAACUCAGUCGCAAUUAAGCGACGCUAACAAUGAUGCAGUUUUACUGGAGUGA